AGUUAAUUAAACAUUUACAUAAUUGGUUUAGUGUUACCGGCUUAACAUUGUGGCAAUUUUGUUAGCAUUAGGAGAUUAAUAAUUUACUUUUAGGACUAAUAUGUUACUUUUAACAUUUUAUUGUAUGACAGCACUCUUCGUAUCCCUUUAGGAAAAAGAUAAAGCUUAUUCGUUCGUCUUGACCUAAAUAAAAGGUUGGGAAAAGGUACAUCGCAGGGCACCGUGAUUAGUGAUUGGUAAGGGUAGGAAAAGGUAAGAAAAGAGGCGGAGACUUAUAAUCCAUUGGCGAUGAUGAAGAGCCUGGACUGUGACCCAUUGCAGGGGAGGAGGAAAGUAGAAAGACUGGCAAGGCUGUUGAAAGUUUCAAGGGGAAGAGGGGUUUGGGAAGUUGGGAUAUAGAUUGCAGAGAAGUAUGUUCAGAGGGAGGAAAAAACAUCAAUGGGAGCUCCAAUGGAAGCGGAGACAAACGGAAAGAGGCAGCGAGCGAUGUCAGCGUCUAGGGAGUCGGAAGAACACUUCUCGCUGCAGUGGAACAACUUCCACAGCAACCUGUCGGAGGGUUUCCACUUGCUGCAGAAGGCCGAAGAUCUGGUCGACGUGACGUUGGCGGCAGGCAGCAAGUACGUGCAGGCGCACCGCCUUGUCUUGUCCGUGUGCAGCCCCUACUUCAAGGAACUGUUCCGGGUUAACCCGUGCAAACACCCCACCGUCAUCCUGAAGGACGUCUCCUUCCAGGAGCUCGUGGACAUCCUGGAGUUCAUGUACUGCGGUCAAGUGAAUGUGCAGCAGGACAGACUGUCUGAGUUCCUCAAGACAGCUGAGAUGCUGCAGGUGAAGGGGCUCAGCGAGGACGACACUUCUGUGAAUCCGUUGUUGGCAAACAUGAGUAGCAGUGCGCCCGUGCAAGCUCCAGCCAAGAAGAGUCCAACACCAAUCAUCCAGAAGAAGCUAGAGUUCAAGGAAAGCACGUCUGCACAAUACAAUGAAGCUUCUUCGCCUCCCGUGAAGCGCAAGCGACGGGCGACCCAACCGGAGAUGUACUCGGCCCCACCCUCCUUUAACGAGGAACUUGUUGUCGUGUCCAAACCUUACAACGAUGACACCAGCGAUGAAGUGGAACUUAUCAACAUCAUCGAACCCAAAGAGGAAGUGAACUUAGAAGAUGAUGAAUCCAACGUUGAGGAGGGGGAGACGAACCAGGAUGGAAAGCCUAGUUUCUCGAACAUCUUUAAUGACGAUAACGGCUUUCCUGGGCAGAACAUUUCAGAUUCUCAGUUUGAACUGGACUUUCCGAGCAAUUCACAGACUGUCGUAGGUGUCCAUGGUGUUAAUGAAGGCCUGCCGAGGUUUGUUCUGAGCGCUCAGGGCAAGCACCAACUGGUCCACGACAACUACCUGUACUGCCUCGACCGCAUGGCUGCUGGCCGCGCGUUCUGGAGGUGUACUGACUUCCGCAAGCACCGGUGCCAGGCCCGCGUGUCGACUGUCGAGGGCGACGUCACCAAUCAGCCCCGCGUCGGCCACAACCACGAGUGCCACCGCGACAAGAUCAAGAAGAGGAUGCUGUGGGAGCAGCUCAAGGAGCAGAAGUCUGCAAGGCAGGCGACAUAGACAGGUGAGUUCCUGUUAGUCCCGAGCGCUAAGGGCAACCAGCAGCUGGUGCACAGAGACUUCUUGUACUGCGUGGACACCACCAAUGGCCAGAGGACAGCGUGGAGGUGCACAGACUGUAACAAGCACAAGUGCCGUGCACGCGUGAUCACCGUCGGGAGCGUGCUGAUGGCUGCACGCUCGGGCAAUGUCCACAACCACGGCCCGCACACAGAGAAGCUGAGGCGGCGCCUUGCUUGGCAGCACAUCCUCGGGCUCCAAUAGCUUCUCUCCCUUGCCUCCCCACUACUCACGGUACUGUGCGGCAGUGGUUCACUUCCAAGGAGUUCCUUCGCAACUCCAAGAGAUGCUACGCACCUUGCAUUAGCACAGAUCUUGCCUGUGUGACCUGUUCAUUUAUUACUGCUGCAUGAAUUAAUUGGACGUUUCUUUCCUUUGCCCAAUGUAUCGUGUACUUUAGUAAUUUAUCUUGGCGUUCUUUGAUCAACCAUUGUAAAAAUAAAAAGUUGUUUGUCAGUUGUAUGACAAAAGUCUCAUGUCUCUAUAGUGAUAAUGGAGGUGUGUGUCUAGUUCUUAGGGUAGGACUUGUGUAAUAGUAAAAUAUUAGUUUCAGAAGUGUUUGGUAGUCUGCUAUAAACUUCAGUUGUCUACUAGAGUUUGCACUGCCUGGUGGCUGGGCACAUCUCGGUGAUUGGCUUGUGGUCCUGCCACAGCACUGGAGGCUGAAGCGAUACCGGCCACGGGCAAGCUUGGUUAUGAGUGCAGUACGGGAGCUCUGCCUACCUUUCUGAGACCCUAGCAAUAUUGCCUUACCAAUUUGUGGGAUGAAGGCUAUUGAUUCAACAGACGCGGACUGCCCUAACCAAAGAUCAAGGUUACCACCAGCCCCUAACUUUGUCAUUUGUUAUUGAAGAACAUAAAUAUUUACAUGCAUGUGUCUGAAUGUAUAUGUACUAUGCUAAUAUAGUUACUGUAAUUUGUUUUAGCAGUAGUUACUUUAUAACUUCUUCACUGUAAAUACCUUUUUCGAAAAAUUAACCGUGCAUCAUUGCCAAAGAGCAGGCGGCUUGAUUAUGCAGUAAAACCUUAGAACAAGCCAUGUCAUUUGACUGUACAUUUUAGCCUUAUGAUCUUACAUAAUGCAUUUGAAAAAAUAUCAUACAAUUUUAUAUUCUCAAACUUGUACAGUGUGUUACGAACACUGUGCGGUAGUCUAUGUUGCCUUGUGUUAUCACAGUGUGUAAAGUUUGGCCCUAAACCCCGGCCAAACCAAACAACUUCCGCAACCCGCGACACAGUAAACUCCUAUAUUGCCCCGUACUGCGAGCGCAGGUAAACCCAAAAAAAUAUUAAAACCCAAACUAAUGGCAGGCUCAAAAAAUACUAAUAAGAUUGCGAACAGUGAGAGGAGGCAGCAAGUUAAAAAGACGCAAAAAGUAUAUGGCAACAUUUAAUAAAUAUAUAUAUAAAUAUACCACAAAAUCGUUUAAUCACAAAUCAGCGCAUACAUCAUAAAAUACAUACCCUAUUACUACUAAUAAAAAAGCUAUAUAAUAAUACUAAAAAAAAAUACUUUAACAAAUCCCCCAAAAAGGUAUAAUUUGGAUCAUAUACUUCGGAGCUCCAAAAAAUCAAAUGUAACUACCCAAAAGGCUUAAAAAUAUAUAAGAACAUAUUAAUACAAAUACAAAUAUAAAUACGCACCGGGCGUAGUACUACUGUAAAUACCAAUUAACAGAAUUUACCAUAAAAUAGGCGAAAUCUAGCAAAAAUUUGACACACAUUAGCAUCCAAAUCAAAAUAUCAAAAAUUAACAAAUUACAAAUUAUGGGUUAACAAGCCUUCUCAGUUAAGUCAUUCUCUAACGGUCGACGCCUUUUUUUCUUCCACGUCUGGCAGGCAUUGGGUUAACACGCUGAACGUAAAAUCCCAGUUUCAGUGUUAUUAGUCCGUUAAUUUAAAUCUCAAAAAUCCACAGAUUAUAGUUUCGCACCAGGGGUCAAAGGGGUCAACGGGGCAGUGGCACGGCUGGCACUUACUUGCUUUUUUGACGUUGAGAUGUCCGGUCACCAAAUACACUCGUUUGCUCACGAGUGUUUUUAAUGGCAAACCCUUGCCAUUACACGUUACCGUAGCUGCGGGUAAUUGUACGGAUAUCACGCCGUACCGUCUUGGAGUUUUGUUUGGCGCACAUAAUUCAUCCUUGGAAAAUCCUCGCGACAUUCACACACGCCUCACCAACCACUCACGUUUCAUCGUACCAACGCGUUCUAUAUAUAUAUAUAUAUAUACAUAUAUAUAUACAUACAUACAUACAUACAUAUACAUACACACAUAUAUACAUACACACACACACACAUACAUACAUAUAUAUAUAUACAUACACACACACACACACACAGAGAUAUAUAUAUAUAUAUAUAUAUAUAUAUAUAUAUAUAUAUAUAUAUAUAUAUAUAUAUAUAUAUGAACCCCGUUCAUAUUCAAAAGGAACACUCAUAUUCAGAUGUUCGACCGGCAAGUCACUUCGAUGUGGAACCAUCACCAUGGCCAACCCGCGUUUAACUCACGUCCGCGCCCGCCCGGGCCCACCAGGCGACUGCCGCUCGCCAGUCUCCCCUGACGUUACACACUCAGCUGUUCUGCUCGCGCGCCACCUAGCGCAGCGAUUACCAAAAUAUUCGGUAGUGUCCUUGAACGUUCCAGACCAAUUUAAUAACUUAAAAUCUUAAAAUAAAAAUAAUAAGACUAAACAAGAAUUACAAUUUCCUUUUUAAAAACAAAAUAUAACCAACUUAAAUCCAAAAUAACUCUUAUUACCAGUGCAUCCAAAAAGGUUAAUAAAAUAAGUUAACCAUUUCUAUCAACAUAAACAUUAUCAAAGGUAGAGGCUGUAGCACACAUGCUACAAGUGUUAAGUAAAUAAUAUAAAUAAAAUUAAGAAAAAAUCUUUACACCUUGUAAUUGUAUUCUGACAGUAAUAAUUAUCAGGCAUACUAUUUUAAUUGUAUUUUUAAAUGUGAAACCAGUCCUAAAGAAGUAAUUUAAUACUCUGUUAUUUUUAUUAUGUAGUAUUGUAUUUUUUGCGGAACAUCCAGUAAUAGUAAAUUGUUUUGUGGUGAAAAUAUUUGUUAUCAAAGAAAAUGUGUAUGUUUCAUGUUAUAUCAUUAGUCAGUUUUUGUGCUGUUUUAAAAUGUUUUUAAAUAAAAAAUAAGUUAAAAUAAAUUACUAAAUACUUGUACUGUGUUAUUUUUCGACAGAAAUGAACAUUUUUUUGUGCAUUUAGUCAGAUAUUAGUAACUGCAAAUCAAACAGCAAAUUCCAAACUCCAAUUCAGUCAGCUUAGUGUUCACAGCUUCGAUUAUCUAAAGUUAUCAUUUUAACCUGCCAAGUAGUUCAUGAGGUCCAUACAUUGCAUACACAUUAACUUUGCUGAUUUCUUAAUUUUUCUUGGUAUUCCUGUUAAAACUAUAUAUUGACGUUUGACAAUCCAGAAAGGUUGUUAUUCCGCAUGACCACCGUUAAUAAUGUGCUGGAUUUGAGUUUUUUUAUGUAUUAUAUUAUUAAUUAAUGUGUGUGUGUUUGUGUUGAAGACUGCAAGUGCGGACAGCACAAUCCCUAAACCGCAACCAGUGAGGAAGAAGAAUAUUCCAAGGCUCAUAGCUUUGUUCUAGCUGGCUGCGAGUGCUGCCAGCACACAUUCCCUCGCAGAGCUGCUCUCUCUGCUGAAGUUUUCCCGCGUGGCCACUUCAUUGGUUAACAAUUUCCCAUCCCAGGCUUUGACUGCAGAGCACGCCUGCUCCAGCAAGAACGUGGAACUCCUGGUGAAACGCACGUUGAAGAGGCAACCCCUGGUGAUACGUGUUGACUUAUGCCCAGCAGAGAGUGGGACUCGUCGACAGUCCUUGCCUGCUCAGUAAAGGUCCAGUGACCUGGCCGACCAAGAAGAGAAUAUUUCAUUGAAAGAGUUGCAAUGUGGAUUGAUAACAUGCAGACACUUGGAAGUGUAAUCAGUUCUCCACUACUCUCAACAGUUUCACUUUAAAUUAUGGCACAUUUGUUAUCAAUUAUAACAAAAUAUGCAGUACAUGCUAUACAUUUAGCUUUCAAUGCCGUAAAACUUAUCAUGAAAAGAUUGAAAUACCUAUUACUUAAGAAAGUUUUUAAGACAAUGAAAUAUAAGCAUUAAAAAGAUUAAAAUUUAAUACAAUUUUGUUUGAACAAAACUUCAUAAUAAUUACAUACCGUAUUUACUCGCGUAAAGGCCCCGCCCGCGUAUAAGCCCCCCUCCUUGUUUUGUAAACAUUUUUGAGAAAAAAUUUAAAAACCGUGUUUUUCUGGGUUUAUCUGAGGGCAGGGCAGCUUGGCUUGCAUCAAACAACAAGCCAUGUAUUGUGAGCGGCGGGAGGUGAUUUUGUACGCGGCAGUGAUACAGAGACUGGUAUUAUAGUUUGUCCGUUCUCAGUAAGACCGAUGUGAGGCAUGCCAGACGUAAGCAGUUAGUUCUUUCUCAAACGACAUAAAGAUAAAGAAAGCUGGACUCUCGCGCUGCCGCUGUGUUGAUGUGGAGUGUUGUCAGAGAAGAAGAGGGGAAGUGGGUCAAGGAUUCUAACACUCCAUUGUCUGGUUGGCUGGCUAGCUGGCAGGAGGGAGGUUAAGCCACGCCUCUGCCUCUCUCCCCCCCCCCUGUAAUAGCGCUGCCUCUCCCCCCUGCGGAGUCGAUGCCUCUCUCUCCCUCCUGCCGCGUCGCUGCCUCCCCCGCCCUACCUCAUUCGAACAAAGACGCACGACUUGAAAAGAAAAAUCUAUUUUUUCCUCCAAAUUCGCGUAUAGGCCUCCUCCCCUUUUUUGGAGUCAAAAUUUGGGGAAAAAAGGGGGGCCUUUACGCGAGUAAAUACGGUAUUCAAGAUGGUAGACUUAAUCAAGGUUUCUUAUUUCUUGUGUAGAUAAACGUUCAACUUAACUCCCAGAGUUACUAUCGUCAGGGAAAUCAAGCUGUUAAAAUACAAAUUUUUAAAUUUGUGAAGACAACUUGUUUGUUUUCUUCUGUAAUUUUUAACUCUGUCACGAUGCAAACAAGACAGACAAGAUGGUAUUUACAAACCACAACAGAUCUUAUAGUGUGUCCUACGAUUUUGACUAAUCGAUAGGCACUGAUCUUAGAAUAGCAUGAUGAUGUGAUGUACACUGAGACCAUACUUUGGUGAUUUUGACGAUGUACCUAAUUGAUGUGACCAAUAAUCUGAAAAAAUUCUUGUAACUUCCAUGGUGCACUGUGACUAUAGCCUAGCUAUAAUCACAAAAUGGAUCAACCAUUGCAAGUAAAGAAACAAAAUAAAUGUUAUAGACUCAGAAGGAAGCCCAACUAUCAGAAGAUGAAUUACCAAGCAACAGCCUUAAAAUUUGUGAAUGAUGAUUUUGUUUACCUACUUAUCACAAGUAUUUAUUUUUGUUCUGUGCUGUCAUAUGUAUAAACUUAUCAGCAAUAAUGUACAUUCUACAAACUUCUUAUGUAUUCAGAAUUUUAAACCUACAAAAUAGAAACUUUAUUUCUUUGAAAUGUGCAAUUAUAAUUUAAUUUUAAUCUUUUUGUAAUUCUGUGUUUGUUCGUUUGUAGGCCUACAAAUAUGAAUAUAAAAAAAAAAAUGUUUUGGUACAUUUUUAACAGUUGAUUUAUUUGUUCUACUAGAAGUAUAAACACACAUAGUUAAACCACAAAUUAAAAAGUGUAUUUAAGCUAACUAAUGCCAAGUCUGAAAUGACAUCUCUUAUACAAAUUACCCUCUUUUAUCGCAUAAUGGUCGCACUCGCGUAAUUGUCGCACCCAUAUUUUAGGGAGUCAAAAUUUGGAUAAAAAAAAACCUCUCGCGUAAACGUCGCAUAAUGUUUUUGGUCCUGCUAUUAGAUUCCGAGCGUUUUCUGUGGGUAUUUUUUCCAUAUAAAAGAUGUUUUUUUUAAAUAGAAAUCCAAUAUUUAUUCGGACAUUACCACUUAAUUAAAUAAGUAACGGAAAUACGAAGUUGUCUGAUGUGUAAAUUAUCUUUUAAAGAUUUUUUUAGACGUUAUAACUAGUGGUGCACCGAUGCGGAUACCGAUGAAUCGUAAUCGGCGAUAAUGGGUACUUACCGAUUAAUCGUAAUCGGCAAUUAUCUUAACAAUUACUUUGCCGAUUAUUUACGUCCCGGCGUAAUUAAGUAGGUUUUUACCGUGUAAUGUUUUGUUACAGAUUUUAGGACGAAAUACCAUAAUAUUUGUAUAUAUUACAAAAUUCAUCUAACUCCGUCAUAUCAUAAUUACAGAUAUUUCGUUAAGUUUAAUAAAUCUCAUUGCCUCGAACAAUAAAAAAUAAAUUUUUCCUACACGUUUAUUUACGUUUCGUCUUUUGUUUGUUUAGUGGCCUUGUUCAUUACCUAUAGCCAAAGACGUAAAAUAGAUGUCACGCAAUCAAAAUACCACAAACAGUUGCAGUGGAUUCUAUGACAAUCUAUCUUUUCGAGUCGUAGUAGCAGUUCAAAAUCGUGGUCCCGAUACCUUCUAGAGUUUAUCACUGCAUUUUACCAACUCGUUAUGGGCGUCUUUGGUAACGUUAUCCGUUGUUGUGUUAUUUGUAUGUGACGUGAAAAGUGAAAAAGUAUUUAUAAUUUUAUAUAUUCAGUCAACAUAAAUAAAAUAACAUGUGCUAGAUUUGGUUUUUGGUCAUUUUUAUAUAAUUAUAGUGAGAUGGCGAGUAGGGAGGAAAAAAAUGAAGUGUGGAAACAUUUUUCUAUAAACUCAAGUGAACAAAAUAAAGCAGCAUGUUUACAUUGUUAAACGGUAAUUUAUUGAUGCAACCUUAUGUGAUAGUCGAUAAUAAUGCUAAUUUUCCGCAACAAAAACUUACCCAUUGUAAAUUACAAUUAUUAGACUGUAGUUCAAGUUGUUUACAAUAACAUAUUUAAAUAGAAGUUAAUUUAAUUUACACUUUGCAAUGACUUAAUAGUGUAUUUUAUACAUUUUUAUACUGUUAUUAUAACUGUAUUCUCAAUUUUACCUAAUCUUUUUAUUAAAUUCACAUGGGAAUAAAAAUUUUUGUGUGCAUUCUUACACUUAAAAAAAAUUUCUUCAUUAUAAUCGGUAACUGAAUCGGUAUCUGCCGAUUAUUGCUCUCAUAAUCGGUAAUCGAAUCUGUAAUCGGUAAAGUCAUAUCGGUGCACCACUAGUUAUAACCUUCAUCCUUUUGUCAGCGUCGCCGCGGUGUACCGCAUACAUAACUGUAGCCAGCGCUUGUUGCAAUCAUUAAUAUUUGGUUCUUUUAAAGACUUUUUAGACGUUAUAACCUUCAUCCUUUUGUCAGCAUCGCCGCGGUGUACCACAUACAUAACUGUAACCAGCGCUUGUUGCAAUCAUUAAUAUAUGGUUAUGUUGCUUUCCAUAUAGAGCGCGCGCCCGUAUCCGAAUAUCGAUAUCUCACCGAGUGCAUGCGACGCACACACACUAUUUGGUUGUGUCGCUUCCCGUAUAGAGCGCGCACACGUAGCCGAAUAUCAAUAUCUCGCCGAUUGCAUACAACGCGCGCUCUCUAUCAGGAGCUGAGUUAACUACAUUUGAUAGCCCGCAUUCUUAGUGUUGUUAACUACGGUAGUUACACAUUUGUUCAGCUUGCAUUUGGAUCACAGAUGUUUUUCUAUUUAAAGUUGAAGAAAGGUUUUUGUUGUAUGACUUAAUAAUUUAAAUUGUUUGGUGUGCUUUUAUACUUCCCUUUUUAAAUAAACGUACUUUCCAUGAAUGGGUUUUGUUUUUAUGAAUAACUUUAUCUAACAAAAAAAUUUUUUUCCCGUUUAAUUGUCGCACCCCUACUGUUCAAACUUGGUUUUAGACUGAAAUGUGUGACGAUUAUGUGAGAAAACACGGUAUCAGAUAGUCAUGUUGCAAAUAUGCUGGAACAAAUUUGCAGUUUAUGAACUUUACAAAAUAAGUUUACCAACUACGAUUACAAUCAUACGGAAAUGUCUUGAAAAACCUGGAAAAGUCGGGCACACUUAAGUUUUCAUGUAAGUAUCUACAGGCACUACAAAAUAAAGUGAAAGGCAAUUUCAAAAGUAAAUACCAAGCUGGCUUACGGAAUGUUCUUUUACUGUCAGGCUUAAAUGAUGGUUAUCAAGAACUAAUUCCCAUUACAUACUUAUUUCAGCUUAGCUUGCAUGAUGUACCAAUUGAUCUUGAGGGAUAGUGUAUUACUGCCCCAAUUAACAGUUGGUUAUGCUGUUGCAAUGUACUAAAUGAAUGGUGGUGGUGAUUUAAGUGAAUGCUAAACACACCUGUUGAGGCAGAGAUGCUUAGACACUCUCCCCAGGGAGGCAGUAUGUCAGGGUCUCGUUGGCGGCUGAAAAUGUUCGAGGUGGAGUACAGCAGUCCUGUGGGGGCAUGAUUCCAGAGGUAGAGGGGUUAAGGCUGCAUGGCCAGUGCAGUCUAGAAGGCUGCCCAAAACUAUGAACAAUGGCCUGCAGCAGAGAUGCUCCCUGGUUCUUUUAGACACACAUCUGUGCACAUAUGAUCAAUAUUUUUGCGUAGAUGCUAUGUUUCACUGAUUGGAUUAACUUCCCCAUAUAGCAAGAGACCUGGGUAUCCAUAAAGCUUUGCUACAGUAAAGGAUAGGUUUCUUUCCAAAGAAAAAAUAAAUUUUUUUUUACAUCAAGUUGUAAUUUCAACAGGG